CCGCCCCCCUGCCCCCACCGCCCUGCCCCGCGCUCCCGCCCGGCGGUGGCGGCGCCGAGGCCCCAGUUCGGCGGCGGCGCCAUGGGGCGGUGGGCGCUGGCGGCCGCGGUGCUGGCGGCGCUGCUCGGGGCGCUGCGGGCCGACACGCCGGCCAACUGCUCCUUCGCCGACCUGCAGGGCACCUGGGAGCUGCGCGUCUGGCGGGGCAACGCCGCCCGCGGCCGCCACGGCAACUGCUCGCAGCCGGGAACCGUGGAAAGAAAAGUGGUUGUGAGUCUUCAGAAAUUAGAUGUGGCUCAGGAUAGCUUGGGCAAUUACGGCUUCUUCACUCUGAUCUACAAUCAAGGCUUUGAACUUGUGAUAAAUGACUACAAAUGGUUUGCCUUUUUUAAGUACAAAACGGAAGGCCAGAAUGUAACCAGCUACUGUAAUGAGACUCUACCAGGAUGGGUGCAUGAUGUACUUGGCCACAAUUGGGCUUGUUUCAGCGGACAGAAGAUUUCUUCAUCUCUCUCAGACGUUCAUACAAACCAGCUGCCCUUCCAGAAGCCCAGGGGAAGACUUUCAAGCAGACGUUACGUACACAACUUUGACUUCGUAAAUGCUAUCAAUACUCUCCAGAAAUCCUGGAGAGCAACAAGAUACAAGGAAUAUGAGAACCUUGCCCUGGAAGAGCUAACCAGAAGAGCUGGGGGUCUCAAUUCCAGAGCUCCAAGACCAAAGCCUGCACCCCUAACACCUGAGUUACUCAAAAAAGCUUCAAGCUUGCCAGAAUCCUGGGACUGGAGAAAUGUGAAUGGUGUCAAUUAUGUCAGCCCUGUUCGGAAUCAAGCCUCAUGUGGCAGCUGCUAUGCGUUUUCCUCCAUGGGCAUGCUGGAAGCAAGAAUACGUAUCCUAACAAACAAUACUCAGAAACCGAUCUUUAGUCCCCAGCAGGUUGUGUCUUGCAGCCAGUAUUCUCAGGGGUGUGAUGGUGGCUUUCCAUACCUCAUUGCUGGAAAGUAUGUCCAAGACUUUGGCAUUGUGGAAGAGGACUGCUUCCCUUACACGGCCCAAGAUUCUCCGUGCACUUUCAAGCGCAACUGUUAUCACUACUACUCUUCUGAAUAUCACUAUGUUGGUGGUUUCUAUGGAGGCUGCAAUGAAGCCCUGAUGAAACUUGAGCUUGUUCUGCAUGGGCCAAUGGCUGUUGCCUUUGAAGUUUAUAAUGAUUUCAUGCUCUAUAAAGAGGGAAUCUACCAUCACACUGGGCUGCAGGAUGACUUCAACCCUUUUGAACUGACCAAUCAUGCUGUCUUGCUGGUGGGCUAUGGUAAAGAUCCAGAAAGUGGCGAGAAGUUCUGGAUUGUGAAGAACAGCUGGGGCACCUCGUGGGGCGAGGAUGGUUACUUCAGAAUCCGCCGUGGCACUGAUGAAUGUGCAAUCGAGAGCAUUGCAGUGGCUGCAACUCCUAUUCCAAAACUAUAGAUGCAAAGAUCCUCAUCCAGUGCCUUGUCUGACAAGCAAAUCUCCAGCUGUAAAAACAUACUGAUUGUUAGAAGGGACUGCAGUUAACAUCUAUCCCCUGUCCUGAACAGGGGAGCUUUAUGAAAUUUUCCAGAACAGAGGAAGCAGUUUCCCUCGUGAUAAGUGUGGACACUGGAUAACUCUGCUCUAAACACUGUAGGCUUUUUCUCUGGAGUCUGACAGUAAAACACGUAAAAUGCAAUUGCCAUUAUAGUAACAGUGGUGGUGGCUGUUCAUCACUGGAUAUAAAUCUUCAGGCACCGGUUGCAUUUUCUUCCAUGGACAGCCUUGAACUUUAGAUCUCAUAGAUUAUCAUAACAGUGGCUUCUCUUUGCUCUGAAAGGACACUGUAGUGCCUUACUUCUCAGAAAUCAGGAAAUUACUGCAAAUUAGAACAUAAGUGUGCAUGGGGUUGAGGGGGAGAGAAUAAGCAAUUAUACUGAUUAAAAGGAAAUUUUUAAGGCUUCAAGUGUUUAGCAAAAGCUGCGUGUCAGGCCCUUAUGACCAUAAAAAUUAAUUCUACGUCUUGGGCUGUUACUAGAUGUUUCUGGUUCUGGAUUUUAUUGCUGUGCUUUGCAAUUGAUCAGCUCAGAGUUCAAUAAAAGUUACCCCACUCCUGUAGGAGUUUGUAUCUGUGGGAAUAGUUGGUUGUUUAUUUCUGUGACCUGUCCCAGAUUUUGAACUUCCUGAAAUUCUUGUCAAGAACUUUGCUUUAGCAGGAUUUAGGCUGAUGAGGAAAGAGAAUGAGAGAACUAGGAAUAAUCCAACUGAGUCCAAGCUUUUCAUAGCAGCACCAAGCAGGUUAUGGUGCAAGGUUGUCUAGGAGUCUUUAUUGUGGAUAUGGAGCAAUUCAUUAAGUAAAUUGGCUAAUUCCCCAAGAAUCAUGCUUAAACCCUCUGUUCAUGCAUUUCAAGUAUUCAAAGUAGAACAAUGGAGUUGGAAGAAGAAUGGAAUUGCUGCAGUUGCAAAUAGGAAACUAUUUAUUCCUAGAUGAAACUGAGAUGUAACAGAGGACUUGGUUAAUGCAGAACCAGUCUGUUGUUCUUUGCAUGAGUAAGUAGGAGUAGACUGAGUAAUGAAUAAGUAGGAAAGUUAAAUGUGUAAGCAGAAGCUGAGAUCCAGCUUCCUGGAUGGAAGAUAGAUCCUUCAGUAAUCUUCUGUUAAAAUAGUAAUAGUACCGGUUAGUAUUUUACCGUAAUGGGAUGUCGUGUUUUGGGAUGGAAGGGGUUGCCAUUAUUAAAAAAAUAAAGACAAAUAGAGCUUUGUAAUCAAUUUGUAAUCAAGUGUGCCAUUUAACAUAGAUGGGAAAACUUCAAAAGAACUUCUUGACUCUUAUUUGCUCAAGCUGAGGGGUAGGGGAGGAAUGGUUUCAUGUGUGUGUGAGGGUUUUUUCUCCCCCUUCCCUCCCUUCUUUCUGAACCUCCUUCCAAAAAAUACCAGACUUCGUUUGGAAACUUAAAGCUUCUUCUGGGGGCAGACUUUUAACAAGAACUUCCAGAAUAGCUUAUAUUGUGCACUGGAUCUCUUUAGCUGAGAGAAUUGCCGGGGGGAUCAAAGAGCAGGCAACUCUUUGUUUCUUCCCAUUCUGUUUAUUCAGUGUUGUUGCAAAACUGUUAUCCGUCUUAUGAGGACUUAACCUUUCAAUAAUGACUGUAGUCCACCAUGAAGACACAAGAUUUUCUUUUUCUCCCAUACACCUGAAUAUAUUACCUGAAAUGCACGACUGCAUACACAGCACCUUUUAUCUUGUACUUCCCUCUGCCCCGACCUCUCUCCCCUUCUUCCUCCCAAACCAGCGCUUUCCCUGGGGAGAGUGUUACUGGAGUGGGAGAGACAAUACUGCUUUCCCCUCCCUUUUAGCAGAGCAGGGGGAUGGACUAUAAGGGUAUUGCUUUCCCCAGACAGCGGAGGCUUGGCUAGUGUAUGUUGUGUUACCAUGCCUAAUAAUGAUGUGAUACUUCAUGUGCUGGUGAACAAUUCUCAGUAUGCCACUACCACUCUAUAUCCAGCUAUUGAUUUGAAUUAUAUGAAUAAAACUGAAAUUGCUUGAAACAACACAAUCUAGUAUGGAAGAAAUUGUCAUCUGUGCCUUUGUUAUAGAAGACAAGACUAUAUGGGCUGUGGUGCAAUGCCAGCAGCAUGCUUCCUGCUAUGCUGAUAUUAUGGCUACACAGCUUGACCUAAUUUGGAUGAUAUGUUCUCUGUAUGUAAGUAGCCAUGUUGACACUAGUGUAAACUCAUUAAGUGCAAAGCUGAUCUUCUACAUAUGGGUGUUCAGCAAGCUUGUUGUUCCACACUGUGAGUGCCUGUGGCUUCGACACACUGGUGCAAUGUACUUUGAAUGUCCCAUGCCUUCACAAGCAUCAACUCUCAAUAAACAGAUCUUUUUCUGCA